GUGCAGUGAGUCGGCGAUCGAGAGAUGUUUACGAUGGAUAGUCCCAAAUUUGUCUUUCUUGUUCUAUUAACAAGUUUAUGCUGUAUAACAGCGCAAUGGAACACAAAAGACUACCUCAAAAAAGAGCACAGUUUAGUCAAGCCAUAUUCAGCAUCUGGCACGCAUCUUUCAAUGUGGGAUUUUACUGGCAGCACGAUGGUGACAAACAACUUUAUCCGACUAACACCUGAUAGACAAAGCAAACAAGGUGCAAUAUGGAAUUCACUGCCAUGCCCUGUGAGAAAUUGGGAGAUGCAGGUUCAUUUCAACGUACAUGGUUCUGGGAGAGAUCUGUUUGGGGAUGGAAUGGCACUCUGGUAUACAAAGGAGAGGAUGAUAUUAGGUCCCGUUUUUGGCAACAUGGACUACUUUAAUGGCUUGGCAAUAUUUUUAGACACAUACGCAAAUCAAAAUGGACCUCACAAUCACAAACAUCCGUACGUCUCCGCCAUGGACAACGGCAGCCUGCAUUACGACCACGACCGCGACGGCACGCAUACAGAGAUCGCGGGCUGUGAGGCGAAGCUCAGAAACAUCGUCCACGACACCUCCAUCUCAGUGAAAUAUACAGACAACACCGUCACGGUGAUGCUCGACACAGAUGGCAAGCUAGCAUGGAAGGAAUGCUUCAAGGUGCAUGGCAUUAGACUUCCCACAGGUUACUACUUUGGGGCGUCUGCCGGAACAGGACAACUAGCUGACAAUCAUGACGUCGUCUCGAUUAAGUUGUAUGAACUUGAUGUUGAUGGAGACAUCAAGGAAGAUAUUGACUACUCAAAGAUUGAACCGCAGGCCGAUAUUUUUGCUCCACCAAGAGAUCACGUGCACGAUUCGUCGACGGGUAAUUUUAGAAACAAGGCCGUUAAGGGUAUGAAGCUUGUUGCCAUCAUCUUCUGUGCCGUGCUAGGAUUGAUGGUGUGCGGAGUGGUGGGAUUCCUCAUGUACCAGAGAUCGCGGGAUAACAAACGCAAGCGAUUCUACUGAUCACCACGUUAAUCACCAAGUGUUAGACUAGUGCAAGUAAUAAUGGUCUAUGCUAGCAUAGCCUCCGCUCCAGGAGUGCGUGUGCAUGUUGAGAAGUGGGCGAAAGGAAGAAGAAUAAGACCAUAAUAAGACAUGCCAGCAAUCUGCCAUUGAAGUCGUUCGCCAUUUACUAAAGACAGUUGUCACUCAUUCAUCACCACUGUAUUAUUUACUACUCUGUUACUUACCGUGGUUUAUAUAUAUAUAUAUAUACAUAUAUAUGAGCUUUACCGAGGUUAUUGUAAAUGGGUUAGGGUGCUAAAUAUGUACAGGCUCAUUUUAUAAGUGAUUAUUGAGAUGUUCGAGUACUGGCUAAUGAAAUAUAUAAGUGUAUUUCAAGGUUGGAUUGUAAAUUGUUAUACAAUGAGCGGUGUUAUAGGUAAAAUGGCCAGUGGGCUUAUGGCCUAGUGUGAAAAACUUGGAUAUAUAUAUAUAUAUGAGAUAUAUAUAUAUAUAUACAUACAUAUAUUAGCACUGAUUUCAGCUGUAUUCUUCAGCUAUUCAUAUCAUCUCUGUUUUGUUUACAUUAUCAUCCUGUGUUUUACAGUGUGACAGAAUCCCACAAAUGUUGCGUGUGUUACUGCAUGAAUGCAGUGGAAUGUAUAGGUGGUGCGUGUAUGCUUACGGUUUUAUAAUGCGGUCUUGCAGUUGGCAUGCCGUUUUAUUAUGAACAGCGAAUGAGGUAAUGGAAGUUACAAAGUGCCUUAAAUGUUACCAUACCUACCCAUUUACCCAGUUUCUUUAGAAAAAUAAGACUGUGGCACAGCUAAAGGCAAGUGCUAUGAUUUUAUCACAUGAAUUUACUGAAUAGGCUGGGUAACUGUUUGUGAUCUAUAAGGACAUUCUCUGUUUGGGCCAUAAUAAAAACUAGUAUCAUUGCG